AUGAGCCGCUAUUACAGGAAACCUUCGCAAUCGAAACAACGAAGCAGGCAUAAAAAGUCCUGCUUCGCCACGUUAUGUGGGGACUCGCAAGACGAGUAUGACGACUACACGGACAGCUCUGACUAUGAAGAUCCUCCGCCAUACACGUUGGGCGAGAGCUUGGCCACCAUUGUCUAUUCGAACCGCAACAGACAGGAAGCACAGCAAGCCCAAAUCUUCGCCUCCAGACCAAACUUUGUAUGCGUUCAGCCCGACACCAGAUACACCACUUGGCCGAUGUCUCGCCCCCAAAUUGCCAACUAUCCCUCCUAUCUGAGCUAUUCGCCAUAUUUUCUCCCUCUAAAUUACUGUCCUCCAAGCCGCUAUCCUUGCUACCGCAUGCCCAACUUCUAUCACUAG